CCAAGUUCAACUCAUAAUUCACAUGUGCCGUUCAAUUUCUUGUUUGUUUAUUAUAUUUCGUACUUAUCAUCUGGAUUACGUGCUUUUUCAAAGCAUAUCUUCUUCGUCUGUGCCUCCCACUUUCUUUUACCAAUUCAACUCUUGGUUUUUCUCUUUCAUAAAUAUACCCUCAAACCUCCUUGAAGACCCAGCUUUUUCUUCUUCUCCUACCCCCAAUUUUUUCGAGUGCCAGUUUUGUUUCUGCAGAUGUUUUGGAUAUUGAUCAGAUUUUGAACUGGGAUUAUAUUCUUCAUUGUUCCUCUGGCAGUUUCAAGCUCCAAGUUUGCCUUGAUAUUCAUUCAAUUUAGUGCCUCAACCCAAAUAAUCCGUUCUUGUUUAAUUUUGGAAUGGCUAAAUUUUUCCAUGAAACGCUGUCCUUCGGAGGCUCAAGCCAUGGUCAGGGCCAACAAGUUCUGCCAUUUAAGACAAGUAAAGAGUCCUUGGAGGUUUUGCUGUUGCAUGGCAAUUUAGAUAUUUGGGUCAAGGAGGCUAAAAACCUUCCUAACAUGGAUUUGUUCCACAAGAAGUUAGGCGACGUAUUUGGAAUGUUUAAUUUGAAAGUUGGCAGCAAAACUGAAGACCAUAUGCCUCAUAAGAUAACCAGUGAUCCUUAUGUUACAGUCUCUGUGGCUGGUGCUGUAAUUGGGAGGACUUUUGUUAUUAGUAAUUCCGAGAACCCGGUUUGGAUGCAGCAUUUUAACGUUCCUAUUGCACAUUAUGCCUCAGAAGUCCACUUUGUUGUCAAAGACAGUGAUGUUGUGGGCUCACAGAUCAUGGGAGCUGUUGGUAUUUCGGUUAAGCAAUUAUGCUCUGGCACAAAAGUUGAGGGAACCUUCCCUAUCCUUGAUGCAAAUGGAAAGCCUUGCAAGCCUGGAGCUGCAUUGACUUUAUCAAUUCAGUACACCCCAAUUGAGAAAGUGGCGCUUUACUGUAAGGGAUUAGGUUCAGGUCCUGACUAUCAUGGGGUCCCUGGUACAUACUUUCCUCUUAGGAAAGGUGGCAAAGUUACUCUGUAUCAAGAUGCUCAUGUCCACGAUAGUUUCCUUCUCAAUUUGAAGGUUGAUGGUAAUAUUCGAUAUGAGCAUGGAAACUGCUGGCAGGACAUAUGUAAUGCUAUAGGUCAGGCCCGUCGUUUGAUAUACAUCGCAGGGUGGUCUGUCUAUCACAAUGUCAGACUUGUUCGUGAAACUGAUAAGGCAACAAAUGCCACAUUAGGGGAUCUUCUCAAAACUAAAUCCCAGGAAGGUGUGAGGGUGCUGCUCCUUGUAUGGGAUGAUCCUACUUCUAGGAGCAUUUUAGGAUAUAAAACGGAAGGAAUCAUGAACACAAAUGAUGAAGAGACUCGCCGUUUUUUCAAGCACUCUUCAGUGCAAGUGUUACUUUGCCCUCGAUCUGCUGGAAAAGGAAGCUGGGUAAAAAAGCAGGAAACUGGAACAAUCUAUACCCAUCAUCAGAAAACUGUGAUUGUUGAUGCUGAUGCCGGUAACAACAAGAGAAAGAUCACAGCGUUUGUUGGAGGUCUAGAUUUGUGCAAGGGUCGGUAUGAUACUCCAAACCAUCAACUUUUCAGAACACUACAAACAGUGCACAAAGAUGACUACCACAACCCUUCCCUCACGGAAACUGAUGGUGGUUGUCCAAGACAACCAUGGCAUGAUUUGCAUUGUCGAAUUGAUGGUCCAGCUGCUUAUGACAUACUCACCAAUUUUGAGGAGCGUUGGUUAAAGGCCUCAAAACCCCAUGGGCUUCAAAAAUUAAGGACUUCACAUGAUGAUGCGUUACUGAAGAUUGAAAGGAUUCCUGAAAUUGUUGGCAUGACAGAAAUUCCUUCUUUGAGCAAUGAUGAUCCAGAAACUUGGCAUGUUCAGGUUUUCCGUUCAAUUGAUUCCAAUUCUGUGAAAGGUUUUCCUGACGAUCCAAAAGAUGCCAUAAGAAUGAACUUGGUGUGUGGGAAGAAUGUCCUCAUAGACAUGAGCAUACACACUGCAUAUGUCAAUGCAAUCCGAUCUGCUCAACGCUUCAUCUACAUUGAGAAUCAGUACUUUCUUGGAUCAUCAUUUAAUUGGGAUUCUCACAAAGAUUUAGGUGCAAAUAAUUUAAUACCAAUUGAAAUUGCUCUCAAAAUUGCCAACAAAAUCAGAUCAAAUGAGAGGUUUUCUGCAUAUAUUCUUAUCCCAAUGUGGCCAGAAGGAGUUACAACAAGCACCCCUAUCCAAAGGAUGCUCUUUUGGCAGCAUAAAACAAUGCAAAUGAUGUAUGACAUAAUUUACAAGGCAUUGGUGGAAGUUGGACUUGAGAAUAAAUAUGAGCCUCAAGAUUUUUUAAAUUUCUUCUGCCUUGGCAAUCGAGAGGCUAUACAUGGAGGAGACUCUUUGGAUGCCAAAGGUUCCACUGCAUCAAAUACUCCUCAGGCACUUGCUCAGAAGAAUCGACGCUUUAUGAUUUACAUCCAUUCUAAAGGUAUGAUAGUGGAUGAUGACUAUGUCAUAAUAGGAUCUGCUAAUAUCAACCAGCGCUCGAUGGAAGGCACUAGAGACACUGAAAUAGCAAUGGGUGCUUAUCAGCCUCACCGUACCUGCUCAAGCAAACCAUACAAGCCGCAUGGCCAGGUUUACGGAUAUAGGAUGUCACUAUGGGCAGAGCAUAUUGGAGCCCUUGAAGAAAGUUUUAAGCAACCAGAGAGUCUGGAAUGUGUGAGACGAGUCAGGUCUUUGGGUGAGCGGAACUGGAAACAAUACAUAGCUGAUGAGGUGACAGAAAUGAAGGGUCACCUUCUGAAGUAUCCGGUGGAAGUUGAUCGGAUGGGGAAAGUGAAGGCCCUUCCUGGCUGUGAAACAUUCCCCGAUGUGGGUGGAAAAAUUGUGGGUUCAUUUACAGCCAUUCAAGAAAAUCUCACAAUCUAAAAUCACUUGUGAAUAUGUUAUCAAAGGGAGUGGUGACAAGCGGAUUUAUGUUGAUGUUGAACAAGUCAGUUCUUAUGCUUUGGCCUUGAAUUUUGAUUAAUGCUCCCUGAUUUCUCGAUAUUAGAGAUGAUACCAUUCUGUGGCUAUUAGUCGAGUGAUUAUCGUUGUUUAUAGUAAAAGUUCCGUUGCUUUUUAUAAAUGCAUUUAGGAAUUUCUUUUAAAAAACAAUGCAUUCAUAAAGUAAUCAAAUUUUGAAUAA